AUGAGAGCAUACUGGUACGACAACCUCGAGGGCGAUCAGCGCCUGCCCCACGACUCUGGUCGUGAUCUUACACCCUCAGAGCUGGAGCGGUUGGGAGUCUUGUACUACUGUUUUCCCGAGCUGUCCGGAGUCGACGAGCUGGCCUUGAAGCGUAGUUACAAGAACCGCGAUGAGAUCACGGUGAGCCCCGAGAAGAUGGGGGAUAUCUACGAGGAGAAGGUCAAGUCCUUCUUCCACGAGCAUCUGCAUGAGGACGAGGAGAUCAGGUACAUCCGUGAUGGCAAAGGGUACUUUGACGUGCGGUCGAAGGGUGACGAGUGGGUUCGUAUCCAGCUUGAGAAGGACGAUCUGAUUGUCCUGCCUCCCGGCAUCUACCACCGUUUUACGACUGAUGCAGACAACUAUAUCAAGGCAAUGCGUCUGUUCAAAGAAGACCCUAAGUGGACGCCACUCAACAGGAGCGACGAGUUGGAUGCUAACCCGCACCGCAAGGACUACGUUUCCCAGUACUUGAGCUGA